CCUGCGGAGGGGAGCGGAGUACUGUCAGCUGCCAAAAUUCCCACCAGCAGCAGCCAGGAGUAGACAACACAACACAUCACAAGACCCCUCUUCUGUCAGCUGGUCACCAUGGACAUAACCUACCUGCGCACAUCCCUGACCUUCCUUUUUCUCCCUCUUGUUGUGUUUGGGGCACCUGCUGAUGAACCCAGCCUCACAGAACCAGGCCCUGGUGCUUGCAAGCGCUGUUGUGACUCACUGGACUCUUCCACAGAUACCCCACCAGUCCCUCCCAGCCAUCACCACUUUCCCUACCCAGUGCCAGAGGUCCGUCCCUAUAUCAACAUCACCAUUCUGAAGGGAGAGAAAGGAGACCGGGGAGAGCCUGGGAUGCCAGGGAAAUGGGGCAAAGAAGGACCACGAGGCGAGCGGGGUGCCCAGGGCCAGAAAGGCAGUAAAGGACAGAUGGGCACAGCAGGAGACCCCUGCAAGCAUCAGUACGCUGCAUUCUCCGUCGGUCGCAAGAAAGCGCUGCACAGCAGCGAGGGCUUCCAGGUCUUGAUCUUUGACACCGUCUUCGUCAACCUCUACAGCCACUUCGACAUGUUCAACGGCAAGUUCUACUGCUCGGUGGGUGGACUUUACUAUUUCAGCCUCAAUGUCCACACCUGGAACUUCAAGGAGACCUACAUGCAUAUCAUGCACAACGAAGAAGAAGCGGUCAUCCUGUAUGCCCAACCCAGUGACCGCAGCAUCAUGCAGAGCCAGAGCCUCAUGCUGGAGCUGCAGGAAAAUGAUGAGAUCUGGGUGAGGCUCUACAAGCGGGAGAGGGAGAAUGCCAUUUACAGUGAUGAUGUUGAUGUGUACAUCACCUUCAGUGGGUAUUUGGUCAAGCCCAGUAUUGAAUAAUUCCUCGUCCUUAGGGCCUCUUAGGCCUUUUCCUUAUUCCUCUCCCUCUCUCUCUCUCUCUGUCUCUGUCUCUCCCUCUCUCUCUCUCUUUACUGCCCGUAACCACUGCAAUUCACUUGGAAAUGGGCCUGUCAAAUCUCAGGCACCGAGUGUGAAACUUGCCACACUGGCUCCCACCUCACGCUCUCCUGUAGCCAGACCUGUAUCUGUCCACUUUACAUCAUGGCACCACCUCUUGCCCCUCACCUCAU